AAAGAAGGUGGAGGAUGAAGGGCAUAUAAAGCUACCCAGGCACAGCUCUCCUGUAUUGUCCAGGGUGCACGGAUCUGCUCUCAGCAUGAAGACCCUUCUGUUUGGUUUGCUGCUUGGCCUGGCAUACAUGGAGUUGGCCCAGUCCUUACGAUGCUACACAUGCAAAGAACCCACAGACAUUUCUCUGUGCAAAACAGAGACCCUGUGCCCCAUGAAAGCCAAGGCAUGCACAACAACACUGCUCUCCGUAGACUCGGGCUAUCCCUUUUUCGGCAACAUCACCGUGAUCAGAUCCUGCGCAGAGAAUUGCACUGCCUCCGGCGGGAUAGGGGCGAACCGCCCCAUGUCGUGCUGCUACACUGACCUCUGCAAUGACGACAGCUCCAACAGCAGCCCGGGACUGAAAACCAGCUAUGCAGCACUGAGCGUCACGGCCCUGGUCCUCGUCAUGCUCUUCAAGCCCGCUCUGUAA